AAGAAGCGAGAGGACAGACUGGAGAUGAUCCGACACAAUGCCCAGCUCAGAUAUGCCAUGAAGAGAAAAGCCAGCGAAGAUGAUGAGGCUGUAAAACUACUGCAGCUCAGCAGAGAGGGGGCGGAGUCAGAGACACUCAAUCCAGAGGAGGAGGGGCUUAUUGUAGCAGAAUAUGAGAGUGAUGAUGAAGCCAUGCCCAAGAGCAGGCUGUUUGAUGAGGCCGACGACGAAGAUCUAGAGGAGGAUCAUGUCACUAAGAUUUAUUACUGUAGCCGAACUCACUCUCAGCUGGCUCAGUUUGUCCACGAGGUGCAGAAGAGUCCAUACGGGGCCGCUGUUCGCUUGGUUAACCUGGGCUCCAGACAGAACCUGUGCAUUAAUCCAGAGGUCAUCCGGCUCGGAAACGUCCAAAUGAUGAACGACCGCUGUUUAGAAAUGCAGAAAAACAAACACGAGAAACAAGAAAAGGCGUCAGACUCUGAGACGAAACGUCGCCGCGGCGUUGCCAAGGCAACUUGUCCCUUCUUAGGUUUUGAAAGUUUGAUGGCGAUGAGGGACGAGGUGCUGGUGAAGGUGCGAGACGUGGAGCAGCUCCUGCAGCACGGCCGGGAGACACACACGUGUCCUUACUACAGCACACGGAUGGCCAUACCUGCAGCACAGGUGGUGGUGUUGCCGUAUCAGUUGCUGCUCCAUGCUUCCACCCGUAAAGCAUCUGGGAUCAAACUAAAGGAUCAGAUUGUCAUUAUAGAUGAGGCUCAUAAUCUGACUGACACCAUCUCAGCCAUACACAGUGCAGAAGUCAGUGGAGCACAGUUCUGCAGGGCUCAUUCACAGCUCUCUCAGUACUGUGAGCGCUACAGAAGUCGACUGAAGGCCAAAAAUCUGAUGUACAUCAAACGGAUCCUAUUUGUGCUUGAGGGCCUUGUGCGCACACUUGGAGGUAAAGUGGGUCAGAAUCCGAACACUCAGUCCUGCCAACCAGGAAGCGAGCUGCUGACUAUCAAUGACUUCCUGUUUAAGGCUCAAGUUGAUAACAUAAACCUUUUUAAGGUUCAGAAAUAUUUUGAGAAGAGCAUGAUCAGCCAUAAGCUGUGUGGAUUUGUGGAGAAAUACGAAGGCAGUGGUGUAAACAUACACACCGUAUCUAAGAACAAAGAGAACCGUCGCAUAGAAGGACUCGGACGCUUCCUGCAAACGCUUCAGAACAAACCUACAGAGCAGCAGAUGGCAGUAGAAGACAAACCAAUCAUGGCUUCUCCAAUGAUGCUGGUUGAAAGUUUCCUGUUUGCCCUCACUAACGCCAACAAAGACGGACGAGUCAUGAUUCAAAGACAGGUAUGUCUUUCUCAGAGCAGUCUGAAGUUUCUCUUGCUGAAUGCCGCAGUUCACUUCACACAGAUCGUCCAGGAGUGCAGGGCCGUGAUCAUCGCCGGGGGAACCAUGCAGCCUGUUGCUGAUUUUAAAGAGCAGCUUCUAUUUUCCGCCGGGGUCACAGAAGACAGUAUUUUAGAGUUCUCAUGUGGUCAUGUCAUACCCCCUGAGAACAUCCUACCCAUAGUCCUUUGCGCAGGCCCCUCGGGACAACAGUUGGAGUUCACUUUUCAAACUAGAGACACACCACAGAUGAUGGAGGAGACGGGCCGUGUUCUCUCAAACCUUUGUAACAUAGUGCCGGGGGGCGUGGUCUGUUUCUUCCCCUCCUACGAAUAUGAGAAGAGGAUUCUGGGACACUGGGAGAGUACUGGCGUCCUUAAGCGGCUCCAGUCUAAGAAGAAGAUUUUCCAGGAGCCGAAAAAAGCCAGUCAGGUUGAGCAAGUGCUCAGUGACUAUUCCAAGUGUAUACAGCGCUGCAGUAAUGCCGGAAGUGGCCAGACAGGGGCUCUGCUAUUCUCUGUAGUGGGAGGGAAAAUGAGUGAAGGAAUCAACUUCUCCGAUGACCUGGGCAGAUGUAUCGUUAUGGUUGGAAUGCCGUAUCCCAACAUAAAGUCACCAGAGCUGCAGGAGAAGAUGGCUUACCUGGACAAGCACAUGCCUCACGUUGGUGGUAAAAGUCCUGGGAAGGCACUGAUUGAGAAUCUGUGCAUGAAAGCUGCCAAUCAAUCUAUUGGUCGUGCGAUCCGUCACCGUGGUGAUUAUGCAUGUAUUGUGCUGUGCGACCACCGGUACGCCCGAUCUGGCACGCUGCAGAAACUUCCAGAAUGGAUUCGAUCCAGCACGCACACGCACACGACAUUUGGUCCCGCCUUCGCCAGCAUCAGGAGGUUCUUCCUGGAGAAGCAACAGAGACCGCCGCUCUGAGGCCAUUGACUCGACAGGGCCGAGCUGUGUGUGAACAAAUACUCCGGUGUGUCCUGCAUUAUGGAUGUUUGUUUGACUACUCUGGCCUUGUGAAUUAUUGAAGCAGAGUUCUGCUGCCUCUGUCCUCAGGUUCUGCGCUUCAGCAUGUGUUUUUGGUUCAGUUCUUGACUUUUAUUAAAUUAAAGCGGAUUGUUUACAAGACGAUUGGUUUCUGUGUUUGUAAUCCAAAAUGUGAAGCCAAAAGACUCGCUCAGAUGGGAUACAACAAUCAUAGUAGAUUAGAGUUUAUUGUCUGUACU